AUGUUUGCUCAGGAAAUUGAGAACAAGCUUUCAUACAUGGAAGAUACUAUUUCUUCUCUAUCUUCGAGUAUGCAAGGAUUCAAGAAAAGUGAUCUUUCACUCGCUCUUUGCACUAAAGUCGAAGAAAUGAUGAAAGAAUAUCACAAAGCAUCGCACCAUAGAUCAUCUGAUUUUAAAUCAACAAUAGGCAAUUUCAUUCAUCAAAAGCUUGAAAAUGAUAUGAUAAACGAUCACAUAAAGGAGUUUAAGGAUGAUUUGAGGAUGUUUGAGGAAAAGUAUAACGAGAUUUCUGAAUUAUUCUGCAUGUGUAAAAUCCAAGUUGAUGAUAUGGUAAAAAAGUACAAUUCUUCUGUUGAUAAUAUAUUUGAGUCCAUUGGGGCAGAACGCAAGAAGCUGGAUGAUUCCCUUGAAUCGUACAGAAUGGUAUGUUUACUACCACUUGAUGAUGACGACAUGCAGAUGAUUAGUGAAGCGGAAAGGGACAUAAAAAGGUAG